AUGAUGCUUAUUCUUUCUCUUUAUUCCUACUGGAUUAAAAUCAAUGUUAGUAUGACUAUUUCGACUCGUCGUCGACAAAUUCUUCAUUCAAGACGAAUAUUUUUAUACACACGCAAGUCUCGAGUUCACUACCUACGUCUACAAAAUUAUAUUUACCAUAUAGGUAGCAAUUGUUCUUCUACACGUUCGUAUAAAAACUUACACCUACGAUCGAAAACAAUCUUGAUCGUUUUUACCUGGUCAAGUGUAAGUAAAUGA